AUGUGGAUUCUUCCUCUAAUCGGCUACGCGGGCGCCAUUGUCGGCUUCGGCUUCCUCACGCUCGCCAUCGCGUCGGGACUGUACUACCUCUCCGAGCUCGUCGAGGAGCACACCGUCAUCGCCAAGCGCCUCCUCACGCGCAUCAUCUACACCAUUGUCGGCGUCCAGAUCACGCUGUGGAUCGUGGAUGGAUUUCCUUUCUGGGCGACGCUGCUAGGCGUCGUCUCGCAUGUCGUCUACCUCGGCAACAUGCGCCGCUUCCCAUUCGUGAAGCUGUCUGAUCCUUUAUUCAUCCUGUCAUGUGUCCUCGUCCUCGUCGACCACUACGUCUGGUUCCGCCAUUUUUCCGACACGCAAGCCGCCUCAUACCACCGCGCCUCGUACUACGACGACGUCGAGGUCCCCAGCUUCACCAUGAUUGCCUCUUAUUUUGGCCUCUGCGUCUGGCUCGUCCCCUUUGCGCUCUUUGUCAGCCUCUCCGCCGGUGACAACGUCCUCCCGACCAUGGGCACCGAGCCCGCGCACGACGGCAGCGGCGGCGGUUUUGCUGGCGCCAAGGCGAACAAGCCCCAGGGCAUGGUCAAGGCCGUGGUGGACUGGGUGCGCGACACGAUCGGCGAGCUAGCGGGCACGCGCAAGGAAAGCAGAUUUUAG